AUGUGUACAGGAGCCUGCUCUAAAUUCAUUGCCAUCCCGCUCUACGUCCUGGCUGCAGUGUCCAUCCUCUGCAACAUCCUGCUCUUCUUCCCUGACUUUGAAACAAAGUAUGCAAGCGAAGACAAGGAAGGAGCGGAACGUAUCACGGCGGAGGUCAAAUAUAUGUCAGGCUUGGUAGGAGGAGGAAUCCUGGUCCUCAUUCCUGCCAUCCACAUUCAUCUGACCAGUGCUACGAACUGCUGUGCCAACCGCUGUGGGAUGUUCCUGUCCAUUGGUUUCGCAGCACUUGGUGUGGUGGGGGCCAUGUACAGUCUGAGUGUUGCUUCCCUGGGCCUUGCUAAUGGACCAACAUGCUUCUGGAGCAACAAAGACAACAUCUUUCCAAGAUGGGGGAUGCCCUUCGCUAACAGUAACGGGAGCUACCUGGCUGACAAGGAGAUGUGGGACUGGUGUAAACUUCCAGAGAAUGUGGUUGAAUUCAAUGUUGGACUGUUCUCCACUCUACUGGUGGCAGCGUGCUUUGAGCUCAUCCUCUGCCUCUUCCAGAUGGUCAACGGACUAUUUGGAUGUAUCUGUGGAACCUGCAGCGGCAAAGAGGUGUGUAAACUAACCCCUGUGUUUCUGCCUUCUCUCAGUAGUAAGCUCAACGACAACGCACCAUGA